CCCAAGGCAUUGGACGGAGAUUUAUGGAAUUAUUCCUUCCCUUCCCGUCAAAGCCUCAAAACCGCAUACUUAUCUGUCACACAAGCGCGAGAGCGGUGCAGCUCCACACGGAACGUGCCUUAGCUUAGCUACCUAGCUAGCUAGCUAGCUGCUACUCCUGCCUAGGUAGCUGCCUGCCUGCCUGCCGGGCCCUAUAAAUCCCUCCGGCCAUGCCCAGCCGCAGAGGGAAAGAUUUCGGCGAGCUGUCCGUCCGUCGUGUUCCACAAGCUCUCUCAUCGGUCAUCUCAUUCGCGGCUAGCUAGCUACGGCCGGCUGCGAGCUCCUGCUGCUGGUUGGUCGGUCAUGUCGACGACGACGCAGAGCGCGGCCCUGUCGGCGAAAUGCGCGGCGUGGGCGCAGGAGCGGCGGCCGUUCACGCACCCGAUCGAGAUCCCGGCGGCCUCCGGCGGGCCGGACGGGCGGAUGGGCCGCGGGGAGGAGGAGGACGGCGAGGUGGAGCCGCCGCACGUGCUGAUGGCGCGGCGCAGGGCGGCGUCCUCCGUGUGCUCCGGCCAGGGGCGGACGCUCAAGGGCCGCGACCUCACCCGCACGCGCGACUCCGUCCUCCGCAUGACCGGCUUCAUCGAGAGCUAGCCCCGCCCCGCCCUUGCCGGAGUGCGCCCGUCUCGCUCGUGGCCGACGGCGCGCGGCCGGGCUGCACUGAUGCAUGGAUGCUGGAUGCAUGCAUGCAGCAUGCCCCUCUUCUUGGGUUGCUCCAGUUUGUAGAGUAAAUAAGAUAGCUGCGGAGGCUAGGACGAAUGUCGAUGAAUUUUCCUCAAUCGGUCUCAUUUGUGAAUUGGUUGGAGUUGGAAGAGCGAGAUGAAAUUAAAUCCGUCGGUGUAAAACUUA